CAAAACCUGGAGACACAGAAAAGGGCUCUAGGAAAAAGUUUUGGAUGGGAUUAUGUGGAAACUACCCUGCAAUUCUCUGCUGCCAGAGCAGGCUCAGUGCUGCCUUCUCCCCAGCGGCGCAGCCCGCGCCGGGCGCUGCUGAGAGACGCCCGGGCCUCGGUGGUGCCGCCCCGCCAGUGCCUGCUGCGCCGGAGCCCCUCGCCCCGCCGGCCCAAUGCUCCUCCUCGGGCUGCUCCUGCUGACAUCUGCCCUGGCCGGCCGGAGGCAGGGGGCCGCCGCCGAGUCCGACCUCAGCAGCAAGUUCGCCUUCUCCGGCGCCAAGGAGCAGAACGGCGUGCAAGAUCCUCAGCAUGAGAAGAUAAUUACUGUGACUUCUAAUGGAAGUAUUCACAGCCCCAAGUUUCCACACACAUACCCACGCAAUACUGUACUAGUGUGGAGAUUAGUAGCAGUAGACGAAAAUGUAUGGAUACAGCUUACUUUUGAUGAAAGAUUUGGGCUCGAGGACCCAGAAGAUGACAUUUGCAAGUAUGACUUUGUAGAAGUUGAAGAGCCUAGUGAUGGCACUGUUUUAGGGCGCUGGUGUGGUUCCAGUAGUGUGCCAAGCAGACAGAUCUCCAAAGGAAACCAGAUCAGAAUAAGAUUUGUGUCUGAUGAAUAUUUUCCUUCUGAACCUGGAUUCUGCAUUCAUUAUACACUUCUUAUGCCACACCACACAGAAGCACCUAGCCCAUCAUUGCUACCCCCAUCAGCUUUACCAUUAGAUGUAUUAAACAAUGCUGUGGCUGGAUUUAGUACUGUGGAAGAACUUAUUCGGUACCUUGAACCAGAUCGGUGGCAACUGGAUUUGGAAGAUUUGUACAGGCCAACGUGGCAACUUCUUGGAAAGGCAUACAUUCAUGGGAGGAAAUCAAGAGUGGUGGAUCUGAACCUCCUAAAGGAGGAGGUGCGGCUGUAUAGUUGUACUCCUCGCAACUUCUCAGUGUUACUGAGGGAGGAGCUGAAGCGAACUGAUACCAUCUUCUGGCCAUUGUGUCUUCUGGUUAAACGGUGUGGUGGAAACUGUGCCUGUUGUCAUCAGAGUUGCAGUGAGUGCCAAUGUGUACCAACAAAAGUCACCAAAAAAUACCAUGAGGUUCUUCAGCUGAAACCAAGGAUUGGCGUCCGGGGAUUGCAUAAAUCAUUGACAGAUGUACCCUUGGAACACCAUGAGGAGUGUGACUGUGUGUGCAAAGGGAAUACUGAAGGAUAAACAUGAUUUAAUCGUGCUGUUUUCUUUCAAAGCACAUUCAAUCAAUGGCUGAUUCUAUUAUGGGGCUUGUGCAUUAUCUCCUUCUCUAAUCUCAGUUGUUUGCUUUGGGGAUCUUCCGUCUUCAAGCUUUACAGUGAGCUCUAGAAAGAGGAGAAGCCAAACUGGGAUUGUAUGUUGUGUGACAGCUCUGUUUGGAGGCCAAGUGAAAGGAUGGGAGAAAGGCAUCAAUGAGGGAUUUAAAAUAUAUUGUUUUUAUCCCCCACAAUUUUCUUGACAAUACAUGGAUUUAUAAUUUAGGAGUAAAAUUAAAGUUAGAAGGCUCACAUCACGGAGACUUGAUCCUGCUGGUUGUCUCAUUUCUACAGCUCCAGUACAUCUGGCCUCUGGUUGAAAACACCUGAAAUCUAUCUUUCUUUGUUGAACUACUCCUAUGUACUCUAAAUCGAGGCAUUCUCUGUUGUAUAGACUUGGGUUAAAGCAGACUGUCUUGUGCCGAAUUAAACUUAAUUUGUCUAA